AUGGAGGUGAACAACGACGACAUGGACUCAUUGUCCGAUUCGUCGGAUUGGUCGUCAUCCGACGAUUCGGACAUUGAGGAGUUGUUGCAAGACGACGACGUCGAGAUAAUGAGUCUCCUCGUCGACGUGCAAGCGUUUGAAGACCGCGUGAAGCUUAUGGAUCAGAGGAGAGGGUCGAAGAUGGGGCGACUCACCAUCUACCGGAACCGCGCUCUCGGACACGGGCAUUUGAUGCAAGAGUACUUUGCGGAGGCUCACGCGCACGGGAGCAGAGGAGGGCAGUCAGGCAGGGGAGGGUGGGGCCGGCCCGCCCGCGCCUCCACCCCACCCCACCCCCACCCGCUGACUCCGCCUUCCCCUUCCCCCUCCCCCCUCCUCCGCUCCGAUUUUAAAUUUCGAAACCCUCCUCCCCCCUUAAACCUCGCCUCCUCUGCCUGCCUGCCACUGGGCGCCCGCAGGCCUGCAGCAGCACGCACGCGCACGCGCACGCAAUCGGCUCCUCGCGAGGCGUAUGAAACCUCGCAUCCGCGGCUCCAAGGCUCGGCGCUCGGCGAGGGAGGCGCGGUGAGGAGGACGCGGAUGGGGUGCCUGUUCGACUGCUUCCGCGCGGCCGGCGGCGAGCCGCGCGCCGGCCGCGCCCGCGCCCAGCUCGUCUCCUCCGCCGUCGCCCCGUCCGCCAACCCCAAGGUCGGCGAGAGGAGGGCGGCGCCGUCCAGGAACGCGCUGUCCGCCGUGUUCCUGCGCGAAGAUGAGGGAUCGCAGGCCACGAGCUCGGGGUCGGACCGGGACGCAGAGAGGACGACGGUGGAUCCGGAGCUCACGCGCGAGGAGGCCAAUUUCCCCAAAAAUGGUGGUGCACUGUCGGAAACUUCAAAUGAAAUCGUUCAAGGGCCUGAAAGCACGGAUUCAGCUUUUCAGAGCGCAGCACAUUCAGCACUGCUAACUGCCUUGCCUGAAAACAUGAAUUUAAUGGAAGUACUGAAGGCUGAUGAAUGCCAAACUCCUUCAGGGUCUCAUCAAAGCUCCUAUGUACCAGAUGCCACAAGCUCUUCUCGGAAUGGUUGCGAUGCAUCAAACCAGCAUGAUACUGAACCUGUGAGCAAGAGCACAGAUUCUGACGGUGUGACUAAUGAGCCUGUGGUUGACUGUAAGAUCAAGUUAACCACCUUAGAUUCAUGCUCGGUCGCCAGUAAUGAUUAUAUCUAUCUGGAUGGAUCCAAGUCUUCACCCUUUUCAACUCCUUCCAAAGUGAAUGCUGGGAUACAUACUCCAGUUAACACUCAAGUACCUAAUUUGGAAGAGUUGACAGACGAGAACCGUACUAGGGCUUGUUUGCAUAAUUUGCACGAAGCUCUGAAUUCCCCUGGAGAUUUUGAACGUUGUGGAGUGUACAGAGAAGAUCCCUGCCAGCCUAAUAUAUCUGAUGAGGAUAUCAAGGGUGCAAAGAAUGGCAGUCUGGAUUUGGUUGAAACUUCAAUAUCUGAUGAAUGUUCCCUGUUCCAGAACUCUGAGGGUUCUGUAUCAUCGUGUAACAAGACAAGUGAUAGCACAUCUUUUGUGGAGAAAUGCCAGGCCACUGAUGUAACAGUUCAUAGCAGCAGAAAGAAGGUGAUUACAACAAAUAGCGGUUCAGAUGUGGAAUUCCCAAGCUUGUCCCAGUGGUUGAAGCCUCCAAGUUAUAGAAAGGCGAUCAGAGAUGAAAGCGGUACAAGUGACACAUUUAAUUCUGCUAAGAGUUCUGAAGAGGAUAGACCUAUCAUUGGAAUGGUUGCGGCUCACUGGAAAUCUGAAGAGCCAGAUAAUUUUACCCCUAAAUGGUGGGAUGGAAAUGGCAUUCCCAACUCAACAAAUAAGUACAAAGAAGAUCAGAAGGUUAGUUGGCAUGCGAUGUCAUUCGAGGAGAGGCUUGAAAAGGCUUUAUCUGAAGAGAAGCAGAUUUCCCAAAGGAAAUGCUCCAGUGGAAACACAUCUCACUUUUCAGGUGUAGAAGCUGAGGAGAGUGAUACUGCUGCAUCUAACCAUCUACGCGUUGCUGCCUUUACAUGAUACCUUGGUCUGCGAAGAGUUAUGAAGCUUCGAAGUAAUUUGGCUUUUUGCUGCCACAUUCCUAAUGGCUUCUGCACAGUUUUGUUAACCUCUACUGUCCUCCAGUAUGUAGCUUCUAGAAGCGAUCGUUCUAUCAACUGCUUUAUAUUAAAGGACUAAUGUUCCUAGUUCCAAGACAAAUCAACAUUGUUGAUUUCAAAUAUAAUUGACAUCAAGAUUCUUAACUAGUA